AGCUCAAGGCAGAAAGAGGAUUCGUCCCCGGCUGCUUGCUCCUUUACCCAAUCCACAGGAUCAAGGAUCACGGCAACACAAUAUUCGAGAUCUAAUUUUUUGGAGAUGCCCAGCGUUAUAAAAUACUAGGAGAAGGACUAAAAUCUAUGACUGUCCAAGACUUAGAUGGAGAGAUUCGGACGCGCUUCUUUGCCCAGAAGAUUCUCUCAACAACACCGGAGAGCACGGCUAGCGAUAAUAGUGACAACAUGGAAAGCUGGGGAGAGAACUUGGUGCAGGUGGCGAAGCGUUUGGAUCGUUUGGGGGCACCGCAGAUGGAGAAUAUUAGGUUCGCUGCUGCGGUGGUUGGGUUGGCGACGUUUCUUAUGACUGGGUGGCCUGGAGCAGGUGUCUGACGUUGUCUUCAUGCCUCGAGAAAGAGAGAGGAGAGAUUCGACGAAUCGCCUGGA